AUGAACCUUGUGGAAACACUGGACGAUGUCACAUUUUGGUGUGUUCUCCUGGCAUGGUCACACAAAGGAGAGGUGUUCCAUGGAAGAAGCUUGUUUCGAUCGAUUCACUUUGAUUUUGAAAUGGCCCACAAGAAGCAUCAUUAUAUCUGCUUGCUGGGAUUGUUAAGCCGAGCUGGUUACUUGAACAAGGCUGAAGAACUCAUAGCCACCGUGCCAUUUGCGGCCGGGAAUUUAGACUGUGUAGGAGAGGCGAGGAAAAAGAGUGUUCACUUUGUUCUUGUCCAUGGAGCUGGACAUGGUGCAUGGUGCUGGUAUAAGGUAUCCUCCCGACUCAGGCAAAUGGGCCACUAUGUGGAUUCAAUUGAUCUCACUAGUGCUGGAAUUAAUAGUCAAGAUGCUACAACUGUUGGAACAUUGGAGAACUACACAACUCCCUUGACACAACUUAUUCAAUCUUUGUCCCCUGAUGACAAGGUUGUGCUAGUUGGGCACAGUUUGGGGGGACUGAGUGUUACUUAUAUAUUAGAGAAGUUCCCUGAGAAGAUCAUGGCUGGGGUUUAUUUAGCAGCUGUGAUGCUACCUUCGGGCCCAGACGGUGGUGCCAUUUUUUCACAGAUUGUUGCAAAUUUAAUAGCCAGUGGCAUCAGUUCUUUUGUCAAUGGCUCAACAGCAGCAGCUUAUUUCAAGCUGGAUCAAGUUCAAAAGUACUUCUACAACAUCUCCCCGCUAGAGAAUGUGGAGCUGGCUAAAUCUUUGCUGAAGCCAUGUCCUAUAUUUGAUGGCACUGUGAAUUUUACAAGCACUCGUUAUGGCACUAUUCCUCGUUAUUUUAUCAAAACAUUGAGCAAGGACAAAUUAUUCCUUAGUGCAAAUCAAGAAGAUCUUAUCAGAAGGACUCCACCUAAAGAAGUGCUUAGUAUUGACUCAGAUCACUCGCCAUUCUUUUCAAAGCAUGACCAGCUUGUCCGCCAACUUUUAGAAAUUGCUAAAGGAUUAUAACAAAGAAUUAGGGGGACAUGCUUAAUCUAUUUUCAUUUGUAACAUUGAAAAACUCCAUAUUGUUGUUGCUCACACCAUAGGUGGCACUUCCAGAAGGGUUAUAAAAUUGACAAAAUUCCAAAACAUCUAUUUAGGUG